AUGUUUGACAUUAUAAAGAAAACCAUUCUGGAUGCUGGCUUCAGCUUAAUCAACGAGAUCGAGCUUCAAUUAGAUGAGAACAUGGGAAAGAGUGUUUUCAUAGAGCAUUCUUCCUGGAGGUUUUUCUCAAGGCUUGUUCGAUACAUGUCAAAGGGGCCAGAGCUAUUAAUGGUUCUGGAGAAGGCAAAUGCCAUAGCUGAUUUGCGUGCUUUAAAUGGGCUCACUGAUGCAAGAAAGCUAAUAAGAAAUUUGGAUUCGCCACAAUCUGCUGAUGGAGAAUACCAUUUUUCUUUGAGAAGUCACCUUCAGAAUGCUUGUGGACUUUGUGCUUUGUCUUCAGUUUGUUCGCAUGAUGAGAGGGAUGAGUUUUACUUCAUUUGA